GUACAUCCCGCCACACAGUUGCUCUGCCCUAUUAGUCAUAGCAUCCGCAGUUCUUUGUUUUAUUUUAUCAUCAUUAUGGUACCAACCCAUGUCUGAUUCACACUGACCCACCAGUUGCCAUAAAUAUUUCUUCAUUACUCAGUUUGUGACUCCAUUUCGGAACCCCUGACAAUUCAAAGACCGAUACCCGGAACGGAAUCGGAACGGAAUCUGUCCGGACCGAUGGCGCCGGAGCCGAGCCACCCGGAACCUGAAAAGUGACGGACAGAAGAAAAUCUCAUUGGUUGGAUACUUCCGGCGGGAAUUUCAGAGAGAAAAAAAAUCUAAAACCCAGUGAUCGCAGUAAUGUUUAAGAGUCAGCCACUGAGAGUGCCAGUCGGUAUUGAUAUACACAAACUCUUUAUGUUGGACGUACCAUCACAUCCGAUAAUGUAACAUGUAUCUUAAACCAGGAAACCACAUGAAUAUGAAGAGAUCAUUCAUUGUUGCUUCAAUAUUAUGUCUUCGUGAUACUUGUUUUCUGUAUCCAGCUUGUUAUGAAUGUGGAUCCCGGCUGCUUUUAAAUCUUGGGAGGUACCAUUGCCUAAAACAUGGUUACGUGUCCACAGCACAGGAUAUGCAUUACAGAUACAGGCUUUCUGUCAAAGUUGCCAGAAAAAAUGACCUAUUUAAUAUUACUGUCUUUGGGAGCUGCCUUGAACCCUAUUUUGGAGAAACAGCAGGAUGCCUACAGAGAUACUGUGAAGGUUUGAAGAAGAAAUUACAAGAGCAGAAAGAAAAAAAAAAUCAGGAUUUGCUUGUCCAAGCUGUGAAACACUGUUUUAUUGGAAGGAGCUUUAUCUUUGGAGUGAAGGCAUCUGAAUUUCUGCCGAGCACAUGGUCACCAUCUUUGAGUCCCUUACAAGCUCCCAUCAGCAUGAAAAAAUAUGAAACACACCUAGUGGCCUGCCAGAUUGCAGUGCCAAACACUGCAAUCUAUGGAUGUACUGUUAUCAAUUAUUAUAAGAAGCUCUUAGAUUUAGACAAUCUCCAAGAUUGUUCUCCCAGCUCAAUGCUAUCUGAUAGUCCUUUCAAUACUGUUGAUCAAUCCAGUGCCAUGAUCAAGAGCUCCACAAGCUUGUUGUCAGGUAACGCUCAGUCCUUCACCGAGUUAAAUGAUGCUAACCGAUUAUCGAAUCCUUGGCAACAGGAUUUUGCCCUUGUUUUAUCCUCUGGUGACUGUGUUGCAGUUGAAGAUCUUUCAACAGCAGACACUAGAAGGGUUCUUUCAAAGUACAGCCCCUCCUACCAUGCAGCAGAAAAAUGCCAGAAUAGAAAAUGUAAUACAAGUACUUUGUUGCAUUUUCCUACUUCAGAUUUUCAAAGUAGUGAUAUCAAUCGAUAUAGCCCACCUGCAAUGGUGAGUCUCCCAUUGCCUAAUGAUGAUUGUAUGCAUCAAUAUUGUCAUACAAUCUUUGAGUUACAGAAAGACUGCGUCAACUCGAGCUUUAAUAAGCAAAGGUAUUGUCUGCAAAACUCUGGAGACUCUUUGUCAAAUGGCAAAGAUUGUGAUGAGAACCAGUCUAUUGAUAAAUCUUAUAAUUUAUCAGAGGACAGCAUGGAUCACAUUGAUCCCAUGUUGUGGGAUGACUUGCUGUUUUCUGAAAGUCUCGAUGAAUUUAUAGCAAAGGUAGAAGCUAAUCAGCAGAGAUGCGAUGAAGAAGUUACUGUUGACAAUUCCAUAUAUUCCUGCAGUUUGAAAAAAUUGAAAACUGAUAACCUUCUGAAUAGAACUCGAGGGCAAAGUCCAAGAUGCAAGGAAGUGUGUACAAAUUCUACUAACUGUAAUUUAAAAAGACCUAGGGAAUUUGGAACCGAAGAAAGCCCUUGUGUUGACUCAAAGAAUCCAAAGGGUCUUCUAAAUAGAGUUGUAGAUGUCUUCAAAAAUGAUAUCACACGCAAGGAGAACUCUCUAACAACUGCACCACCAGUGCUACCAGUUGAUGGCUCUAUUCCCAAUGAUACGUGCCCUCCCACUCAGAAUGCAGUUCUGCAGAUUUACAGUACAUUUAUGAACCCAGUAAACGUAGGCAAUUGUAGCACCAAAUGUGUUCGAACAUGUGAACCAAAGCUGCACAACCUUGAGAAGGAGCCACUGGACGAAUACUCAAAGUUUCUGUCUGAGCGUAAAGCUACAGAAGUUAACAAGCUGGCAGAUUCCUUUUACAUUGCAAAUGAAUCUGAUUUACUGAAUAAUAUUGGUUUACAAACUCAUUUGCCUUCUGGAAAACAAAUACUAAAAAUGAAGAAAAGCAUUGACCAUGAGUUUCAAGAUUCAAUGUGCAUUAAAGGACACUACAUGGGUAAAUGUGAUAUUAAACCUGUAAGCAUAUCUCAAUUGUCAUCUGGUUCUACCUUCUAUAAAAACACCUCUUUCCAGAAUAUGUCAACUCACUGUACUGAGCAAGAAUACAAUGUUUCUGGUGAUCUCUUCAAUGAUACAGGAAGCGAUAAAGAUGAACCAUCAACUUGUCUCAGAACAAACCUAUCCAUUUUAUCGAAAUCAUUCUAUAAGAUUAAUGAUAAGCUCAAUGAGCAGCAGUGUAGUAUUUUGCUGUGUAGUUCAGAUGCAGCUGUGAAAAUCCAAAAUAAUAAUGAUCCUCCAGAGAGUGAUGUACCAAACGUGUCUGAACAUGACUUUUCAGAUUCACAGGACUUUGUUCCAUUUUCUCAGUCUACACCAGUUUCAAGAUUGCGAAGUUUAAAAUCCUUCAGAGGAAGAGAAAUUAUACCUCUCAAAAUGUCACCCUGUGUUGGGCCAAGUCCAAGGUCAACUGGUUUCAGACAAAGGCAAAAUGGUCAUCUUAAACACCAAUUGUCUCAAAUGCAAAAAGUGUCUCAGUGGCAAUUUGGGAGCAAUCCUGCCUCGGUUUCAUUAAAUUCCUCUUUGUUAAGCAACAGUCCAAUUAGCACGUCUUAUGACAGUGACUCUGAUGAAUGGAUUCCACCUUCAACAGCUAAAACUCGAGUAUUGACGUCUCAUUUAUCCUGUGUUUCUAAAAUAAACAAAUCGCAAGGUGUUAAACUAUUUAGACACAUGUCAUAUGCCAAUGCUGCUAUAGAAACUGCUGAUUUGAAAGCUGCAAUAAUGGGCAACAAAGAGAAUGAAAGUGACAACCACUGCAGGGGCAACCUAUACAUGAAAAGGCCGCCUGCUGGAAAGCAUACCGCACCAUCGUUACAGAAUAAAGUAUUCAACUCAACAAAGGUUCUUCCAAACAAAGCAGAAAUGUUUGGGCCACUUAUUUCUAGUGAACCUCAGAUUCAUAAAGGUUUAAAAGUGAAUGACUGCUCCCCAGCUGCUUUUCAUUCAUUUUAUAUGAAGAGUGAGGCACCAAGUUGUUGCUCACCAGAACUAUUUUAA